AACAUUUCGGUCAAAUAAAUGAAUAUUAUUGUUAAAUAAUAAUAAUAUGCAAAAAUAAUUGAUGUUUAUUUAUGGAUUGAACAAAUGAAUGACUUUUAGUGAAGAAAUAAAGUUUGUAUAGAAUAAUUGAUCACGGAGCUUGUAAAUCAGCGGACAAAAAAUGCAAUAUGAAAGAAAAAAGAGCACAGACGUCUUGAUGUACUCUUGGGGGAUGGAAGUGACGUGCGAGGUCUCUUCCGUCGUGAUCGAGACACCGAAACGAGUUUUUACGGUGUUGUUCCAAGCGGUGCGGAUCCGAACAGAAGGAUUGUUGCUGGGAUCACACGAGCAAGGUCAACAGAAGCUAUAAAACGACCAGCCGCGUGUUUUAACUCGUCCAAACAGUAGGAGGUCGCGGACGCGAACACGUGCAAUUAUGGCUUGUGGUGCUACUAACUAUAUUUUUUUUUACUCUGCGCUGUUUCUGGGGUUGAUAAGUGCCUCGAUAAAGUUUGUCCGAGCAGAGGAAUCAUCUUUGCCCUCAAUCUCGGCCUCUUCAUCCCCAUCCUCGACGCCCAGUCCCUUAGUGGCCACAACUCUCGGUAAUUUGUUCCGUCAAGCUCGUUCUGAGCAUUAUUACACGGCGAGAUACGGUUCUGAUGGUUCCUCAGUUUCUUCUGGUGCCAUCGGAGUCAGGGCUGGGCCAGAGCAUCGAGAUGCUGCUUACUAUGAGCAACGUUGCAUUACGUGUGAUUCCAAUAAAUCACCGCCUGCUUACAGAGGAUGGAAACCGCGAAUGAGGCACGAUUACUACGAGGAUGAUUUAGAAAGCCGAAGAUACAGAGACAGGUAUGACGACUACUACGACCGCGAGCGCGGAUAUGAGUACGAGAGACCGCGGGCUCCUGCAAUGGCUCUGGACUACGAUCGCAAGCCCGCUUACGAUUACGACAGACCGAAAAUGCCGUAUGAUUACGACAGAGAGCCCUACAGACCUGACCCCGCUCGACCGCUGCCCUACCACAGCCGGUACGAUAUGCUCAUGGGACGAGAUCGACCCUACGACAUGAGAUACGACCGCAACUACGAUCGGUUUGCGGACCGCGGGAAUGGCUAUGACAACUUGGAUCAACGCCAUACUGGCUAUCAAUACGAGCCGUAUGACAGACGUCCCAGUGACGAGCCUCCUCGAUACGAUCGCUACAACCGCUAUCAGCCCAAUCGCGGGUACGAAAAUGAGAACUCGGACCCGUACGAAAGAAACUACCGCAGACGUCCGUACUACGAUGAUCGAUACGACUGGUACGACAGAUAUCCUAGCCGAGGUGGUCUCGACACUCGAGGACACUACUCGUCGAGCACUUGGGGACCUGGAUAUGAUAGAGGGUACGCCAGUGCCUGGAACUAUAUGGGACACAGAGACACUUGGAGGACCCCUGGACGAGAUCGCGACACUGGAGACAAUUGGAAAGACUUGAACCCUCGAGAGCGAGAACCAGGGUCUUAUCGACCGCGAGAUUAUUUUUACGACAGCACAGUGCCGCCGGGCGGGAUGAGAGGGACCAGCUAUCUGUAUGAUCGGGCUGAAUCUUCGACCAAACCCGACUCGACCGAACGUGACAAGCCAACCAGCUCGCCCCAGGCCCAAGAUAAUAAUAAAGCCUACAAGGAUUAAGAGGUCAUGUUUAAUUUAGCAAUCAUCUAUUAAUAUUACAUUUACGAUCUCCCGUUUUACUCAUCGCUAGAAUUUAUUUAUUUUUAAUUAUCGAUUAAAUACUUUCUACACAUCGAAUCAUUAGUAAUUAUAAUUAUUCAUUUAGUUAUUUUAAGUCUCUAUUAUGCAUUACAGUGUAAUAAAAAUAGUUAAAUAACUGCCAGAAGUUUAUUAGAGCGUAGGUUGGUGAAAGUUCUCAAGUUAAUUGUUAAUUUGGUAUUUAAAUUAUUGGAACAACUUUGAGCUUUAAUCGAGUGAAAAACCUAUAGAUUUUAUUGAAGAUUAUUUUACUAACUUUUCUUUUAGUUAAAAGUUUUACCGUUCAAUUUUA